AUGACGGUUCCUUCUGGCGAUUACUCAACCCCGACUGUCGAGUCCGUCCACGCCUACGCUCGUCAGUUACUCCGCGACGUCAAACGGGUCAAUCAUGACGCCGCCGACGACGCGCCCCUCAAGUGGAUGGAGGAGGACCUCAAAGGCCUGCACCAAGCCUUGAAAUACCUGCACGUUGAAUCCCAAGAUCAGGACUCGGUCCUCAAGGACACUUCGCGCGAUAACAUCUACGCCAAACGAUUAGCCUCCGCCGUCGAAGACAGCGAUGAAGCCCUGCGCGAAGUGGACGACAUCCUCCGCCAAUAUGGCGACGGGCGCGAUGGGGUGAAUGACCGCCUGCAGUUGAGGCUGAACCUCUUGGAUCUGGAAUCCCCGACUCGCAAGAUCGCCAAGCUUCUCGAUGCCGUGCAGGUUCAUAACCCGGAGAACGCCCAGGAGGUGUUGAACCAUACCGAUGGCAAGCAGCUGGACAUGAUCAAGGAUAAGCUGGAACGGGUUGCGACGAGGAUGUUCCAAAACCGAGCGUCCCCUACCACCGAAAUGAGGGAGGAUACUUGGCAGACCUUCAAGGAGGAGCUCGAAAAGGAGGGGUUUUCGCCCGAGAUCCUGAGGAAGAAUAAGGAGGUUCUACGAGCGUAUAUCCGCGAACUCGAGGCCAACCAAUCCCCUCACGCCGGUUCACCGCCGUCCGUUCGUGGUUUGCUCGAUCACCAUGCCUCGUCCAACGGUCAACAAGAUAGUUCAAGGUUUCCAGACUAUGACCCCAAGGUACCACGAGCUUUGCAGCCGUUCCAUCACCAUAGGACCCCUGGUCUCAACAGCCAAUACAGCUACGAUGUUCAAACCCCAGACGCUUCAGACUCGGAUUCCAUCACUGGAUCCCAAGCAGGUGCCUUGAUCUCAACCCGCGACCUCAUAGAUCUCGACAACCACAACCCCGACAUUCUUGCCGCCCGCAUGGGUUCUAUGCAAUUGGCCCCCUAUCCCACGGGAAAUGACCACCACUUCGCCUCUCCCGGUACCUCGCCCAGCAAAGGACAUUACCUCACCCCCGGUGGCCCUCCACCGCUCACCAUCCCCGGCAACAAGUCCCAGUCCAGCAACGGCAUGUUUUCUGCCUCUUCCUCCGCCGCCCAGUACGGCACUUCCCCUCGCUACGUCCCACCCCUGGCUAUGCCGCCCUACCCAGAUGCACCACCUUCCCAAGGGCCACCAACCACCGCAGCAUCGUUCAUGUCACCUGCACCCCCAGUAGGCAACGGCAUACCCAGCCCUAAGCCCACAAUUCCUCGACAAUACACCCGUCUAGCACCAGACGGCAAGGGCAAAGAAAUUCCCAUAGAUGCGAAAUGGACCCGCAUCAAGCGCAAGCUGGUGUCUCCCGAAGUGCUCGAAAGGGCCGGCGUGCGCUACGAAGCUCGUCCCGAUUUUGUUGCUGUCCUAGGCGAGCUGACCAAAAAAGACAUUCUCGAGUUUGCCAGACAAACGACCGAAGUCAGGAAUGCCAGGAGGUAUGCUGCUGCUGCUGCUCAGGGGAGACACAGUACCUGGCCUACACCCGACACGACCAGUGACGGCCGCCGCCGACGCAGCGCAGAGACCCGGCGGCACUCGGACAGCAGCAGCAGCGAGUCCUCAGACACGGACGACGUGAGCGACGAUGCAUCUGCUGCUAGAAGGAGGAGACACCGUCGGCGGCGGGCGAGUGAUGCUUCAAUCAAUGCCUCUACCAACCAGGAUGCCCAGAGGGCCGGUCAACCGGUGAUUGUGUCGCCGCCGGCAAGUGUAAAUGGAGACGAUAACUCAAAGAUCAGCAGUAGUAUCACAAGCCCUAGCAGCACUACCACGGCCCCGAAACCGAUUCUCAAGAACAAGAACACGAAUCAUGUCCGGUUUGGGAGGGAUGGUCCGAAGGAGAUUAGUCCUGGGGAGUAUGCGGAGCGGAAGAGACGGGAGGAGGAGCGCGAAAACCGGCGCAGAACCAAUAGGGAUCCGAGCAGGGACGACCGUGACCGUGACCGUGACCGCAGCAGGCAUCGGGAUGAUAAAGAUAGGGACAGGGACAGGGACCGUGAUCGAAGUCGAAGCCGUGUACGCCCACGAGAUUUGGUUGGGGCGGAUCUUGGAAGGGACCGUGACAGGGACCACCACCGCGACCCUUCUCGCUCGAGGAGAGAUCGGGACAGAGAAAGGGACAGGGAGCGUGAUCGUGACCUCCGGGAUCCUAGAGACACCAGAGACCGGGAAAGGGAGAGAGAAAGGGACCGUGACCGCGACCGUGAAAGAGGAGAUAGGGAUCGCGACAGAGAUUCUAGGUACCGAGAUGGCGGUGGCGGCGAAAGGGACCGUGACAGGGACCGAGAUCGAGACCGCGACAGGGAAAGGGAAAGGGAUCGCGGCGAUCGUCACCGCUCCUCCCGCCACCAUGAUCGGGACCGUGAUCGGGACCGCGAUAGGGAACGGGAGCGCAGAGAACGCAGCGAGAAGUCGAGUAAGAGCGCACUCAUUGGAGGCGCGGCGGUUACGCUGCUGAGUAUUCUGACCGAGGCCAGUCAGCAUUUGUGAUGAGGACUGAGAAAGAGAGAAUUAGAAGGGUUCAUGGGUUUUGAUACGAUACUUUGGCUGGUUUGGACAUGAUGGAUAUACCACGGGUUUUCUUUUUUGACGAUGACGACUAUGUACAGCUCAAUUGAAUGAAUGACUGGGUUUGUUUGUUAGUUCAAGACCUCGAUCUAACU